AUUUUGACCUAAUUUUCAAAAUUCCUUUAUUUUUUCUAUUUAUAUUGCCACAAGUGAGUCUCUGAAAAUGUCUGAUUCAGAGGAAGAGACUCCAGACAAACAAUUGAAAAUUGUUAUAAUGGGUGAUGGAGCAUCAGGAAAGACAUCUAUAGCUACAAGAUAUUCUCAAGAACAGUUUGGAAAGCAAUAUAAACAGACUGUUGGUCUUGACUUCUUCCUGAAAAGGAUUGUACUACCAGGGAAUGUAAAUGUAGCACUGCAGGUAUGGGAUAUUGGUGGACAAACUCUAGGAGGUACUAUGCUGGAAAACUAUAUUUAUGGUGUUCAUGGUGCUCUGAUGGUGUAUGAUAUAACAAAUCACAAUAGUUUUGACAAUUUAGAAGAUUGGUACGGUACUAUACGAAAAGUGCUUGGUAAAGAAAGGCUGCCACAUAUGGCUCUUGUUGGAAAUAAAAUUGACCUUGAACAUAUGAGAACAGUUAAAAUAGACAAACAUCAAAAGUUUGCACAGGAACAUGGCAUGUCUAGUCAUUUUGUAUCAGCAAAGACUGGAGACUCUGUUUCAUUGUGUUUUCAAAAAAUCGCAGCGGAAAUAUUGGGUAUAAAGCUAACGAAACCUGAUGUGGAGCAACAUCACCGAGUGGUAAAGGCGGAAAUAGUAAAUUACAGUAAACAGGAGGAGAUUGCUGCGCGAUCUAUACCUCAAAGUUCGACAAAAAGCUCAUUCUGCGUCCUGCAAUAGUGAUCGAUAACACGGUUGUGACUGUAAUUAGAUGAUGGGGGAUACGCUGGCCAAGUUUUUAUAUAAUUUAAUACCAAAAGUGCAUUGAAAGAAUUCCGCCAUGUCGCAAGCAAAGAUUUGAGCUUGGUUGGUUUGUUUUUAAUAGGCAUUUUUUUCAACUCAACGAUGAAGAUAUGUGUAAAUUGUUAAGUUAUUUAGUAUUAUAAUAAGAUACAGUUGUCUUUCUAUUUUUGAACUAAGGAUAAGAAAAGGUGAAUAUUUAUUUUAAGUUUGUAAAAGGAGGGAAAUCUUCAAAUAUAACCAUAAAAAAUUAAAGUUUAGUCUAGACACAGAAAUAAUUUAUUUAAAUAAAAAUAGUGGAAUAUCACAAUGAACGGAAAAAAAGUUGGAAUUUCAAAAUAUAACAACAUUAAGAUUGUUUACUUAUGACAAAAUUUGAUAUUUAAGUGACUACCAAUUAUUGAACUGUUGGGAUGAAAUAAUUAGAAUAAUAACAUAAUAAGUUAAUAAAUAUUUCACCUCUGUUUUCAAAAGAAUGUUGGAAAUGUUUUUAUUUAUAAAUAGUAUAAUUGGGAACCUGGUUUAAUUAGAGCUGCGUAGGACUGGAAAACCAUGGAAUAAUGUUAAAAAACAAGUGCUGCCGGCACAAAUGUGAAGAAGCUUAAUUUAAACAAGUUUAUUAAGUGAAAUCUAAAAUUUUCUAUGAUAUUUUCUGAGUAUUGUGUAAUUAACAUCAUGAUCUCUUUCGUGUUCUAUUUAUUUUUAUGUAAUAAAACUAAAAUACAAAGUAAUUUAAUUGUUUUAAUCCAUGAUUUUUCCGACGUCACUUAACUCGCACUUUUGACGAAGUAGUUGUGCCAACAAGUAUUGUAGUCCAUCUUGUUUUUCUUAAUAUUUUAAUAGUAAAUUGGUAUUUUCCUCCAUGGAGUUGUCACUCACGAAAAAAAGUAAAAUGUAUCUUAAGUGGACACUAUUGCAAUAAGGAGGACAGGCUUUCAAAUGAUCACACAGAGGGUUACGUUGUAUUCAUAUUAUAUUGUUUGUUUGAGAGUACAUGUAUAUUUUUAAUUGUUAAGAAGUGAAUUGUUUUGUAUACAUGUUUAUGAUUGUGCUAUUGUUGUUUUGUUUCCCAUUGUAUAUGUAUUUGAUAUUAAAAAUGUUAAAUUUAUGUAAUUACUCAGCCAUAAGACAACCUCGGCCAUAAGUCGGGGGUAAUUAUUGGCUUAGAAUGUCUGAUUUUACCAUGUUGAUUGGAUAAUAUUUGCUUUGUGGUUAUUUCAUUAGAUGAUUGUUUCUGGUGGUAAUAUUAUAAUAUAUACAGUAAUUAGUAAAGUAAUUAAUAUAAAGCAUGCAUAACUAUAUUUGAAGUUGACUUAUGGCUGGGAUGAUACUUAACCUUAAUUAUCUAAAAAAACAACAUAUGCCUGGGUUACUAAGAAUAAGCCUUUGAAUUUGUGUUCUACAGAGAAUUAACCUCCAUUAUUUGGUACAAAGCAAAAAUUACCAGUCAACAUGAUUAAAAAUUUCAUGUAUUUAUACAUACACAUAUCGCUUGAGCAGAUUGUGAUAAUUGUAUUGUUGUCAAGUUACUAUAUUUUUUUAUAAUAAGAAUCUGGUUAAUUGCAUUUAUUGACUGACCUUUUGACCCCUAGGAAGGUAAAGAGGUGCAAGGGGUACUGUUUGUCGUGAUUGUCUGUAGACAACUUUAAUCUUGACCAUAAAACAUUUUUAUUCCAUUAGUUAAGCCUUUCUACUUGGACACAACAUAUCUCCGGAUGAAAGCUUUAUUUUGACCUUGACUGUGAAAUGACCUUGACAUUUAAGAAUCUUGAUCUUCACAUUUUUAUUCCAUUAGUUAAUUAAAGCCUUUCUCCUUGAACACAGCUCUCUGGAUGAAAGCUUAUUUUGACCUUGACUGUAAAAUGACCUUGACAUUUUAGGGUCAGAUUUUCAAAAUUCUAGAAUUUUUUGCCAUAAUUUUGUUAUUGAUUGGCAGGUUUGAGAUCUUGUCAUUUUAGUCUACGAGACACAUCUCCUUUCUGUACCAUAGUUGUUAAGCUAUCAUUUUGUCAUACAUUUCUAAAUAGUCUACAAGGGUAUUAUACUUAAUUGAUAGAGUAUUGCCUUUGUUAUUUGGCUAAUUUUUGGGUCAAAUAUUAUUGACGUUGAUUUUUAUGAUUGUUUACUGGAAGGGAGUAUAAGAAGCCCACGCUGCAAGACAAAAGUUGGUACACCUGUCAAGUCCUUAUAUUCAAAAUAUUUAAAAUUACUAUAAUUUUGUUCUUUUGUUUUUUAGCUGAAAUUAAUUUUUGAAUCUCAAUCAUAUAUUUUUAAGGCCCAGUGAGUACAUAUAUGUAUAUUUCCUUAUGGUCAGUGAUUGUAUUUUCUUAUGAAUGAUUGAAUUGCAUACAUGUCUUGAAUGAAUGAGGUUUUGGGAAAUGCUAUUUUAGGGUAAUACAAUAAUUAUCAUGCUUAUAAAGAAUGAAUGAAAACAGCUGCUCAGUAAUUUUUUUUCUUCUCAAUUUAUACUUUGAUAUAUAUUAUUUUGCCUUUAAAAUAUUUAUUUUUCUUUCAAAUUCUUGAAAACUAAUUUCAAUUUAUUUAUAAUAAUCAGUAUGUUAAUAAAUAUACUUUGUACAUUUAAAUGAAGAUGUGUUCAAUUUAUACAAAGGCUUACAUGUAUGUUAGGGAUAUUUUUCUGUUAAUUUAACAUAUAUAAUUUCUGACAGUUUUUUCUUGAUUAUACUGAAAGAUUAUUUUUUUCCCGCCCAUUUUCUUUGCUGCUUUCUCGUACAUCCAUACAUAUUGUUUUCCCUGUAUUAUCUGUAAUUAUUUUGUUUGUAUAUUAACUUGUAUUGUCAUUUUAAUUUUAUUUCCAUUAUUUCUUAAUGAAUUUUUUUCUAUGCUUAAGCAGCAGGAUCUGCAAUUGCACAUACAAACCCAAGAAAUGAAUGGCUCACAUCGUUUAGAUCUGUAGUUUCAUAGAAAAUCCCAGAAAUUUAAGACUCACAUGGUCAAGAUCAACAGUUUUGCAUGAAAAUUGCAAAAUAAAUAUAAUCACCUGGUCAAAUAUCUGCGCCUUUCACAAGAAAACACCAAACAUUUAAAACUAAAAUACAGCUUCUAGUACUUAAAGAUUUAUGUUACUUCAGAGUAAGAUUUGAUUUUUUCACAUAAGAUGGUUUUGAAUGUGACUCCAUAGACUCGUCACAAAGAAAUUGAAAAUGCUAGGAGAUAGCUUCACAGCUCACAUUAGGAAUGCUUUGUGGUUUUUUAUGCCUCUGUAUUGAUACAUCUGCAGGCAUGUUGUAAUUCUGUCUGUCCAUGGACAACUUAGCCUUCAGUUUACAAUUUAAAUGUGACUUAAGCCUCUAAAUGACCUUGACCUUUAUGGUCAAAUUUUCCAAAUUAAGGAAAUUUUCUGUAACUUUAUAAUUCAGUUGCAGAUUUUAAAUAGUGAGUCAAUGACUUGAACCACUAAAUGACUUUGACCUUCAAGGUUAAAUGUAAGAUUUUAAAUGGAGGCAUUUGUUAUCUUAACCCCUAAAAUACUGACCUUCAAGGUCAAAUUUUCAAAAUUUAGGAAAUUUGUUGGCAACUUAGAUAUUUAAUUACAGAUUUUAUGUUGGGGCAUUUGUGACCUUACCCCAUAAAAAUGACUGACCUUCAGGGUCAAUGUUUCAAAAUUUUGGAAAUUUGACCUCAAUAACAGAUUUUAUACAAGGGGGCAUUUGUGUUUUACAAAUAUGUUUUGUUGUCUCAUUUUAAUAUGUCUAUGUGUGAGUGUAUAUAAUGAUUGAUAGUUUGAAAAUAAUAUAUUCUUGAUAUUUAAUUCACUGUGUUUGCAAACCAGACUAUUUUCACAUUGUUAAUCUAGUAUAUUUUUUGUAGAAUUAUAAAUGAGCUGCAUUUGAUAGCCUUAACUUGAACACUUUUAUUCAAG